AUGCCCAGCGGCGUCAGUGCAGGCAGCUCCUCCUUGCCCUCGUCCUUCUCGUCCAGCGAGCACAAGAGCGACUCGAGCUCCGUCAACAGCCAAGUGCUGCUGCCGCAACCGUCGAGCGCAAUCCCGCCGGCGACAGCCGACCAAGUGAUCGAGCUCUCCGUGUCGUCCGAGGAGCUCGCGAACUGGAGACGCAGACACCAGCAAGCUCAAGCGGAACCCAUGCCAUGGCCCGGUCGCACGCGCAGCGUCUUGCGUCGGUACUCGCCGUUGGUCCCACCUGCGGCGUUGCUCAUCGCGUUGGUGGUGCUGCUGGUGCAAGACCUCGCGAACGCUGACUCAUCGGAUUUGCCUCGUGAUAGCUCCACCGUAACGGUGAUGCACUGGAGCACGUGCGAGCUGGACAACGUCGUCGCCAAUGCCUACAACCUAUCGGCGCAGUGCGCAACAGUGACGCUGCCGCUGUGCUACGAGGGCGUCUGCGAGACUGAAGACAGCAACGCCAACAUCAGCGUGUCCUUCAAGCGGAUUCCUGCUAUCGGAGCUAGCGCCACCAGCGUUAGCGCGCAAACCGUUUGGUAUCUCGCUGAUCGACCGGACCUGCAAACCCGCGAAGAGGCCGAGUUGCAGAUGACGCUCCUGUACGAGGAGCUCCGCGGCGAGGUGGACAUUUACACGCUGUACUUACGGGGAACAGGGAACAGCACUGCGUUGAGUUGCAACGCAUCGGAUGGAUUGCCGUUGCAGUCGGCCAUUUUUGCGAGGAAUGGCGGCGUCUUGGAUUCCAGCGACGUCCAGGACUGCGUCAGUCGGCUACAAGAACUAGGGUACACAGUUCUCGGCGCGUUUUCGCUUGCCUGUGCUUCUCGAGAUGUCGAGGAGAUCAUCACCCAGUUUCAGCCCGAUGCAGAAGCCGUGGUCUACGCUCUUGGUUAUGGCACACUUGUAGCCCAGCAGCUCAUGCAACGUGGAGUCUCGCAGAUCGUUGGCUACGCUGUAGACGGAGCACUAGGAACAUCCGCAGCAACUUCGCCAUCUUACCAAGUGUCCAGAAGUGAUGAAGCCUUUGGAGAGGUGGCCGCCGAUUUCAUCACAUGGUGUCAAUCUGACGCAAAUUGCUCCAGUAUGUUUUCCGACGUAAGCGCUACCACGACGCUCGACACCACACUUGUAGAGGUGUAUACUCGCCUUGACGCUGAUCCCGCCUCCCUGUGCUCCAGAGUUCUACUGGAUGCGGAUACAAGUGGAAACACAAACUCCGCUACGAACAGCACGACGCCGCCAUCUUUACUGCUGCGCCAAUUGCUCGGACUGAUGAUGGAAAGCACGACUCUAUGGCCGUUUAUACCAGUAAUGGCAUACCGCUUCCACCGGUGCGGAUCUGAAGACCUCGCAGUGCUUACGGAGUUUGUAAACAACACAUUUGAGACCGACGACGGCAACGAAGACACACCAGAUCUGCUAUAUGCCAUCCAGGCUUUCAGCGAGCUGUGGGAAGCACCGUCACCGAACCAGGGAGAGCUCACGGAGCGGUUCGCUGGCGCAACGAUCAGUUCCGGUCGGGUGUAUACGCAAUUGCAGGCCUACUGCUUAUUCACCGGUGAUAAUUCAUCCGAUGCCUGCUCAAACGCCUUAGCUUCAGCGUCGAAUUCCUCGGUGGUCGGAGACACGCUCUCGUACACGACGACUAACUUGACGAACGCCAGCGCAACCGCGAUUUCCCCCGACUCAAGUGUACUUAUACUCAGCGGAGGGCUUGACGUGAUUUCACCUCCCAAGUACGCAACUGCGGUUUUUGAUGCGCUUCAGACAGAUAGCAAGGCCCUGCUUGUGGUCCCCAAUGGCACGCAUGACGUGAUCCAGACGGCCCUGCUAUCGAACGGCACUGCAUGCGCCCGCCGCGUAUUGGCAUCCUACGUGCGGAGUUCGGGUAACUUAAGCGCAUACGAUGCGUCUUGCAUGGCCGACCUGCCCGUGUCGAGCCUGGCGAUCUCCAACACGUCGAGUCUGCUGGUGCUCGGCGUGGAGGACGCGUACGAUGGCGUUCUCGUGGCCACAAACAGCAGCAGCAGUAGUACCAGUGGCGGAAGCAACGGCAGCAGCGGAAGUUUGGAAAGUGCCGGAUCCUCGGGCUCAGCUCUUGAUGAGCUAAACCGACGUAUCUCGGCGCUGGAAAGCUCCCGAGAUCGCUACAAGAUGACGCUUAUCGUGGUGGCGAGUGUGCUGGGGGCUUUGAUCAUCGGCAGUGCGGUUACUAUGAUUUGCCGGCGUCACCGCAAGCAACAGCUCGCCAGUGAGGAGGCCAUGCUGAGACGUAUGCGUGGCGACGAGGAGGACGAGGUGGAGCUGAUGCGCAGUAUUUACCUGCUCUCCAGCUCCCCCAGCAGCGGCAGACGGACGGAGGCCGCGCUACCACAAUGA